GGGAGUGCUCUUGGAGUCUUAGUACUUGUUUUUGGUACAUGGAGACUAUACAAAUUCAUAAUGAAAAGAAAAGAAAUUAAACAGAAGAAAACAUUUUUCAAACGAAAUGGUGGCCUUUUGUUGGAACAGCAAAUACACUCGAGUGAAAACAAAGUCGAGCAAACCAAGUUGUUCGAUGCAAAAGAGUUAGAGAAGGCAACAAAUAAUUUUAGUAUAGACAGAGUUCUUGGACAAGGAGGUCAAGGUACUGUGUACAAAGGAAUGUUGGAAGAUGGAAAGAUUGUUGCGAUAAAGAAGUCUAAAAUAAUUGAUGAAGCCAAACUCUCUGAAUUCAUUAAUGAGGUUGUUAUUCUUACGCAAAUCAAUCAUAGAAAUGUUGUCAAGCUAUUGGGAUGUUGUUUGGAGACAGAUGUUCCACUUCUAGUUUAUGAAUUUGUUCCAAACGGAACGCUUUCUGAGUAUAUUCAUGACAAAAAUGUAGAGUUUCCUUUUACAUGGAGUAUGCGAUUACGAAUUGCAACUGAGGUUGCGGGAGCUCUCUCAUACUUACACUCAGCAGCUUCUUUUCCAAUUUAUCAUCGAUAUGUUAAGUCUACAAACAUACUCCUUGAUGAAAAAUUGAGAGCUAAAGUUGCAGACUUUGGUACAUCAAGAACUAUUUCCUUAGAGCAAACACACUUGACCACUGUAGUUUAUGGCACAUUUGGUUAUCUAGAUCCAGAAUAUUUUCAAACAAGCCAAUUUACAGAUAAGAGUGAUGUUUAUAGUUUUGGAGUGAUUCUUGUUGAGCUCUUGACUGGACAAAAAGCAAUAUCUGCAGCAAGAUCAGAGGAAGGAAGAAGUUUGGCAACAUAUUUCAUAAUGACAAUGGAGGAAAAUAGCAGUAUUCUGUUCGAUAUUCUUGAUGGUCAAAUUGUCAAAGAUGCGCCAAAAGAAGAGAUCUUAAUUGUUGCUAAUCUUGCACAAAAAUGCUUACACUUGAACGGAAGGAAUAGACCUACCAUGAAAGAAGUAGCAAUGGAGCUAGAGAGGAUACAAGUCAUUGAUAAUAAAGAUGCAAAGGGUAGUCAACAUGAUUAUGAAGAGCUAGCAUAUGCACAACCUGAAGUUAUAGACUACUCUUGGAAUGCUUCCUCGUCAACAACUUUUGAUAAUAAUGCAUCUAGUUCUUCGUUGCAUCAAGAAUUACCAUUAUUAUAAGCUCUCAGCUCACAUUAUUCUCACGCACCCCACUGGUUUAUCAUCCAAAAUAAUAUUUUGGAGAGUCUCUUCUUUAUCCUUGGUUCAACAAUGGAUUUUGUUUGGGGGUGAUAUUGUAGUAAUUUUGCAGAAAUAUAUUGCCUUUGGAAGUUGGUUUUGAAGAGUUGGACUUUAUUGUAUGGAGUUAUCAACUUUUUAUUUCAUGAGACUUUGUUAUGAACAUUAUUUUAUAUGGACUUUAUUAUAUAUGUACGAGACUUUGAAUAUUUUAGACUUGUAGACUUUUAUAAGUGUGAGAUUUUAGAUAAUUUAGACUUGUAAUCUUUAUGUUCAAUUAUGUAUAUUGUAGACUUUAUUAUGCCGGUACAAGAUUUCUAUUUAUAAUGAGAAAUACAUUUUCAUUGUAGAAA